CGACAUCGGGUGUCCAACGGCAGCCAUGGCUCCGGUGUCUGGCUCGCGUACCCCAGAGGGAGAGGCCUCGAGCUCCGGGGGAAGGCGUCGCAGUCCUUCGAGGAGCCCCAAGCCCAGCAGAAACGCCCGCUCCCCGCGGAGCCACCACUCUCGCUCGCAUUCUUGCUCUCGAUCCGGGGACCGGAAUGGCCUUGGCCAUCAGCUGGGAAGCCUCAGCCAAAGCUCCCGAAACCAGCCCUACCGCUCCCGCUCCCGCUCGCGCUCUCGAGAGCGGCCUUCUGGGCCCCGGGGCAACCCCUUCGGGUCGGCCUCAUCGUCCACCUAUUACAGCAGCUACUCGCGCCCUUAUGGGGGUGACAAGCCUUGGCCAAGCCUCCUGGACAAGGAGAGGGAGGAGAGCCUGCGGCAGAAGAGACUAAGUGAAAGAGAAAGGAUUGGCGAAUUGGGUGCUCCUGAAGUAUGGGGACUUUCUCCAAAGAACCCUGAGCCAGACUCUGAUGAACAUACACCAGUAGAAGAUGAAGAGCCAAAGAAAAACACUACUUCCACUUCGACUUCAGAAGAAGAAAAGAAGAAAAAGAAGAAGUUCAGUCGUUCAAAAGAAAGGUUGAAGAAAAAGAGGAAGAAAAAGUCAUCCAAAAGAAAGCACAAGAAGUAUUCUGACGACAGUGACAGUGACUCUGAUUCUGACACAGACUCAAGUGAUGAAGAUACAAAAAGAAGAGCAAAGAAAACCAAGAAAAAGGAAAAGAAGAAGAAACACAGAUCGAAGAAAUAUAAGAAAAAGAAGUCUAAGAAGAAUAGAAAAGAGAGCAGUGAUUCAAGCUCUAGAGAUUCCCAAGAAGAAUUUCUGGAGAAUCCCUGGAAGGAAAGAUCAAAGCCCGAAGAACCCUCAGAUUUAAUUGGUCCAGAAGCUCCAAAAACACUUGCCUCUCAAGAUGAUAAACCUUUGAACUAUGGCCAUGCUCUGUUGCCUGGUGAAGGUGCAGCUAUGGCUGAAUAUGUGAAAGCAGGAAAGCGUAUCCCACGAAGAGGUGAAAUCGGCCUGACAAGUGAAGAAAUUGCAUCCUUUGAGUGCUCAGGCUACGUAAUGAGUGGUAGCAGACACCGCCGAAUGGAGGCUGUGCGACUGCGGAAAGAGAACCAGAUCUACAGCGCUGAUGAGAAGAGAGCUCUCGCAUCCUUUAACCAAGAAGAGAGGCGUAAACGAGAGAACAAGAUCCUGGCCAGUUUCCGAGAGAUGGUAUACAGAAAGACCAAAGGGAAGGAUGACAAGUAAGGUUUCUCAGACUGGCCAACAGACAUUUAAUGCGGAAAUGCAGAUUGAGUUCCAUACAUACAUACACACAGAAAGGUUAUUAGGAGCUGAAAGAGCUUGACAGUCAUAUUGUGCCUUCUAUUUCAUUCUUUCAGUCCUUCAGUAAAAAGCUGCUUCUUGAUAGAACU